AUAUCCCUCACUCUCUCCCCACAGCUGUGUCCAUAACAAAAGGAUAAAAAUGACUCUAAAGCUUUAUGGCCUUCCCAUGUCCACAAACACCACCCGUGUCAUGAUCUGUCUCCAUGAGAAAGAGGUCGAUUUUGAGCUUGUUCCGGUUAAUGUCUUCUCUGCUGAGCAUAAGCAGCCUCCUUUUCUCUCCAAGAACCCCUUUGGUUUGAUUCCAGUACUUGAAGAUGGUGAUCUCACUCUUUUUGAGUCGAGAGCCAUUACCGCAUAUGUAGCUGAAAAGUUGAAGGAAACAGGAGCUGAUCUGAUUAGGCACAAGGACGCAAAAGAAGGUGCGUUGGUGAAGGUGUGGACAGAGGUAGAGUCUCAUUACUACGACCCAGCGGUGUCACCCAUUAUCUACGAGUACUUCGUGGCCCCUUUUGAAGGCAAAGAACCCGACAAGUCAGUGAUUGACACCAACGUUGAGAAGCUGAAGCAGGUUCUUGAUGUGUACGAGGCCAAGCUUAGCAGCACCAAGUACCUUGCUGGGGACUUCUAUAGCCUCGCUGAUCUUAACCACGUCUCUGCAACUCACUAUUUCAUGCAAACCCCAUGUGCUUCAUUCAUCAAUGAGCGUCCCCAUGUAAAGGCUUGGUGGGAGGAUAUCUCUUCCAGGCCUGCUUUCAGUAAGGUUGUGGGAGGAAUGACUUUUGGUCAGAAUCAGAAAUGAGAUCGAGUGUUAAUUUUCUCA